AUGGCGCACCCCGAUGAUGUACAGGUCGGUGACGUGGUGAAUGUCCCCGGUGGCAUGUAUGGGACGAUCAAAUACUUGGGAUCGGUAGCGGGGAAGGCCGGACGAUUUGCAGGAGUCGAACUGAGCUCCGAACACGCGCAAAGAGGCAAAAACAGCGGCGAUGUUGACGGCCGGAAGUACUUUGCAACCUCGAUCCCGGGUUCUGGCAUAUUCGUCCCCAUGAACAACAGCAAGUAUGUCACAAGACGAUCCUCCAAUAUCUCUACACCCACCACUCCUGCACGUGGGGGACCUGUCAACUUCAGCAAAUCUGUCGGUGCAGCUCUUGCUACCCCCCGGCCUCGAGUCCGACGACCCUCUCUUCCUCGACCUGAAUCCCCGCGCGUGCCGCCCCCUCCGAAACUAAACCUGGCCGGCUUGCGUACACCAUCGGCAGCAUCGAGGACCAGCGGGUUGAACAGCGCCAUGCGUAGCCCCGUCAAGGCACCAUCUCGGUUGUCUGAUAGACCCUCGUCGCGACUUAGUGUGGAUGAUGAUGCUUCGUCGUAUGGACGGCCAUCGGACUUCCGCCGACCACUCUCGUCGGAGACUCAAGACUUGAAGGAUCAGAUCAAGAGUCUAGAGAAGCAGCUUUUGGACCGAGAUAAGCAGCUCGAUGAGCAGUCUGGGACUUUGAGCGAGUUCCAGAAGACCUUGGAGGAGAUGGAGGGAUCGGAGGGUCAUUCGGUCCGUACACAGUUACGGGAACGUAACGAGCGGAUUAUCCAAUUAACGGCCGAAUUCGACGGCCACCGCGCCGACUUCAGAAGCACCCUCGACACAUUGGAGAUCGCAGCCUCCGAAACAGAACGCGUCUACGAGCAGCGUCUCGACGAGCUUAUACAGCAGAACAAGGAACUGCAGGACCGCGGCGAAGAUGUUGAGGUUGUUGCACAGCAGCUCAAGCAGUUGGAAGAGCUGGUAUCGGAGUUAGAGGAAGGCCUCGAGGACGCCCGGCGUGGAGAGGCCGAGGCUAGGGCCGAAGUCGAGUUCCUCCGCGGUGAAGUUGAGCGCACCAAGCUGGAGCUGAAGAAGGAGCGUGAUCACUCCGCCGCUGCGCUGAAAGAUGCACACGCCGCCGCAGACGGACCCCGAAGCAGUAGUGAAUUGGACCAGAAGGAUGAUGAGAUCCGAGGACUCAAGGCCAUUAUUCAUUCAUUGAGCCGCGGAAACCCCAGUGCGGCAGGCUUGGGACAAAACGGCUCGGCGGACCAUGACCAUAAUCCGGAGCACGUUACUCAGCUGGAGAUUCGACUGCAAGAGGUGGAAGAAACUACAAACCGCAAAGACAAUAGGAUCGAAGAGCUCGAGCGUCAACUUCAAGAAAUGCACCUGCAGUCUGAUGGUCGCCGCCGCAGCUCUACUGUCACCCUUUCACCAAAGCAACACAGGCCAUCGCACUCUGCAGGCAAUAUUUCCAAUCACUCAAACAACCCAAACCCCAACCGUCUUUCUGACCGUACAGUGGUCCCGACCGACUGGCACGAUGCUCCUUCGGAGCCCCGCCAUCACCGUGGCAUCUCCAACUCUUCUCAAUCGCGACUGGAGACCAUGCAUGAAUCCGAGCGCUCUUCCGACGAGGACACCAUGUGGUGCGAGAUCUGUGAAACAGGCGGCCACGACAUCCUGAACUGCACCAGCAUGUUCGGCUCUGGUCAGAACACCGCUGAACAGAAGGCCCCCAAACAUGAUGCUGCCGACGAACUUGCCGAUGAACACCCAGUUGAGAAGACCGAACCCCUCCAGACCAAGGCCUCGUCCAUCCAUGCCGAUACUCCCCCAGCACUAAAGACAGGGCGGGAUGUAGUCAUGGAAGGACUGAAGGGCAUCAGUGGGCUGGGCUCAUCCAUGGCUCCCAUUGCCGGAAAGUCAUCGGGAGUCAUCGAUGAGUCCAAGUGGUGUGCUCUCUGUGAACAAGACGGCCACGAAAGCAUCGACUGCCCGUUUGAUGAAUAA